AAACAAACGCCGAAAAUUGUGGUGACUGCAAAACACGCACCAAAGACACGCGAAAAGGCGCAAAUUAAUUUAAAAUCGCGUUUCGUCCGUAAAAUUCCGGCCGUACAAUGCUGAAAACCGUGAAAGUGUUGUUCAGCUUCCGGACGAAUUUCUCAUCCACGGCUAUAUUCACAACCACGACACCGAGGAAGCCGAUAAUCUCCUGCAGACGCGCCCAGCACAAUUUGUUUGUGGAGCACUAUCCGCUGGGCACGGAAGGCGGGGGCGGUAAGAAAUUUGGGGAUGUUCCAUUGGCAUCUGCGGGUUGGAGGCAUCGGAAAUCCGUUGGGGAUUACUUCAUCAUCCAUCCGGUGCAGCAACCAUACGAGACACAUUCACUGAGCGAUGUUCCCUUUCAAAGUCUCGGGAUCAGGGAUGAGUUGGUACAGAAUAUUCGGGAGAAGGGGGUUCUUUUUCCUACCAAAUACCAAGCCGAGGGAAUUCCUACAAUUUUGAACGGAGGACAUACACUGCUUGCUGCCGAGACCGGUUGCGGGAAGACCUACACAUAUUUACUGCCCAUAGUGGAACAGAUUCUUCGACGGAAGUUGAACUGUAGCGAGAGGGGAUUCAACACGCCCCUGGUACUGAUCCUAACUCCGGGGAGAGAAUUGGCCCAGCAGAUAGGACGAGUGGUGGAGGGGUUAACCCAAGGAUUGGAUAUAAAAGCGCGCGUAUUGUUGGGCGGCAGGACCAGACAGCAAAUGAUGAAUCCCCAUUUCGAGGACAUUGAUAUCUUGGUCUCGAGCUUCGGAGCGAUCAGUAAACUUGUGUCCAGUGGAAUCUACAGGACAGACAGUGUCCGGUGGGUCGUUUUGGAUGAGGCUGAUACCUUGCUGGACGAUAGCUUUAAUGCCAAACUACUUCACUUAAUGAAACGAUUUCCCUUCCACAAGAAUCAUCUGCAAGACAUUGGGGAGAAUAUUCAAGGGACCCAGUUGAUUCUGGCCGCGGCCACGAUGCCUUCCAACAUGAACGAAUUGCUGAGUCGCAUUGUGAAUGUGGAAACCAUCGAAGAAGUCAUUAGUCCCCAUUUGCACCGACUGCUGUCUCACGUUACCCAACGAUUUAUGCGAAUCAAGAAAUCGGACCGUCCGGGAGUUCUGUUGGAUUUGCUCAGGAAGGACGCCAAACUCAAACGCCCCACGAUCAUUUUCAGUAAUAAAACACCCACCUGCGACUUCAUCUCGAUCCACUUGAACGAAGCCGGAAUCCCUUGUGUGAAUCUAAACGGCGACAUGUUGCUCAAAAUUCGAUUGGGUCAGUUUGAGAAGUUUCAACGCGGGGAAGUGGAUGUCCUCUCAACUACGGACGUGGCCAGUCGAGGAUUGGAUACGACCCGAGCCGGGCACGUGAUCAAUUUCGAUUUCCCCUUAUAUGCAGCCGAUUACAUUCACCGGAUUGGUCGAAUUGGCCGCGUUGGAAGCAGGAACGAUUGUCUGGUGACCAACAUGGUGUCGAAUCAGGCGGAAAUUGGUGCAGUCCAGAGAGUGGAAUACGCCGCCAGGACGAACAAUCCGUUGGCCAAUGUGGAUGCCAAUGUGAAAGCCAUCAUCCGGCGGAGAAUUCAGCGGACUUUGGACGAGAGUUCGUAAAGCAGUGUCGAGUUUUGAUAGUUUUGGAAUCAUAAAUUAUAAUAUUAAUAUUGGAUUUUGA